AUGGCAUCGGCGAUUGUGAGAUCUGGCCUCAGCUCCGCCAUCCGCAGAGGCGCAUCUGUUCCACGCGUCUCUCCUGCUUCCAAACGGACCUUCGCUUCCCAUGGCCAUCACGAUGAAGCUGCUGAGGCUGCGAAGUGGGAGAAGAUAACAUAUCUAGGUAUCGCAACUUGCACUAUUCUUACAGUCAUUAACCUAUCCAAGGGUCAUCCUCACCAUGAGGAGCCUCCUCCGUACCCGUACUUGCACAUCCGUAACAAAGAAUUCCCCUGGGGUCCAGAUGGUCUUUUCGAGGUGAAGAAACAUCACUAA